UUGGUGGAUUUCUCCCCCGUCUACCGCUGCUUCCACAUCUACUCCGUGUUGGGAGCCCGCGAUACCUUUGAGAGCUACUACCGGAAGCAGAGAAGAAAGCAGGCCCGGCUGGUUCUGCAGCCCCCCUCUAACAUGCACGAAACCCUCUCCGGCUACCGGAAGUAUUUUAAUCAGAUUGUAGGGUUUUUCGUCAUCGAGGAUCACAUUCUGCACACAAGCCAGGGUUUGGUGGACAGAGCCUACAUCGAUGAGCUCUGGGAUAUGGCCCUGUCCAAGACCAUCGCGGCCCUCCGGACACAUUCGUCCUAUUGUUCAGACCCAGACCUGGUGUUGGAUCUGAAAAAUCUCAUUGUGCUUUUUGCUGACACUCUCCAGGCCUAUGGCUUCCCUGUCACCCAGCUCUUUGACCUGCUUCUGGAGAUCCAGGACCAGUACAGGGAGACGCUGCUGAAGAAAUGGGCUGGAGCCUUCAGAAACAUCCUGGACUUGGAUAACUACAGCCCCAUCUCAGUAGCAGAUGAAGAGCAGUACGAGAAACUGGUGGGGCAGUUUCCAUUCCACGAUGCGGAGCUGGAGAAGCAGCCGUUCCCUAGGAAGUUCCCCUUUUCCGAACUGGUGCCUCGAGUCUACAACCAGAUCAAGGAAUUUAUCUACGCCUGCCUGAAGUUCUCUGAAGACCUUCACCUGAGCUCCACGGAAGUAGAUGACAUGAUUCGGAAAUCGACCAAUUUGUUGUUGACUCGGACCCUGAGCAGCUGCUUCCAGAACGCCAUUCGGAAGAAGAACAUCGGCCUGACCGAGCUGGUCCAGAUAAUUAUCAACACUACACAUUUGGAAAGAUCCUGUCGAUUCCUAGAAGAAUUCAUAACCAACAUCACCAACGUUCUCCCAGAAACCGUCCACACGACGAAGCUUUACGGAACGGCCACUUUCAAGGACGGCCGCCACGCUGCAGAGGAGGAGAUCUACACUAACUUGAACCAAAAGAUUGACCAGUUCUUGCAACUUGCAGAUUAUGACUGGAUGGCCGCGGAAGCCCCUCCCAAGGCCAGUGACUACCUGGUGGACCUCAUUGCUUUCUUACGCAGCACCUUUGCUGUCUUCACACACCUGCCUGGCAAGGUGGCUCAGACCGCCUGCAUGUCUGCCUGCAAACACCUGUCCACCUCGCUGAUGCAGCAGCUCCUGGAAGCGGAAGUCCGACAGCUCUCCCUGGGCGCCCUGCAGCAAUUCAGCCUGGACGUGGCAGAGUGCGAACAGUUUGCCAGAUCCGGGCCGGUGCCUGGGUUCCAAGGGGACACGCUGCUUCUGGCCUUCAUCGACUUGAGACAACUGCUGGAUCUCUUCCUCCAGUGGGACUGGUCGACGUAUCUGGCUGACUACGGGCAGCCCACCUGCAAGUACCUUCGGGUGAAUCCGACGACCGCGCUGGCUUUACUGGAAAAGAUGAAGGACACCAGCCGGAAGAACAACGUCUUCGCCCAGUUCCGGAAGAACGAGAGGGACAAGCAGAAGUUGAUCGAGGCCGUGGCCAAGCAGCUCCGCAGCCUCAUCAGCACCAGCCACCACUCCUGAGGGGCCACGGGACGCGUGGCGGCCCUGGGUGGGUGGAGAGGGGGGGAAUGGCAGGGCGCGGGGCCUGUGCCCGGAGACCGUGAGGAGGGGACGGAGCGGCUUCGGGCAACCAACAUGGCUGCUGAAGGAUCACUACGGUGCAGCUUGCGGGACUGCUGCGUGGUACCUCCUCCCCUCUGGAGGAGCCUGGCUGGCUUGGGAAAGACUGCUCCUGGAGCUGGAAGCUCAGAGCCCCAGAGAGCCUUCCAGGAAGGCCAAGGCCAGGGAUCUGUCAGCACUUCCAGGUUCCUCGACACACCUUGGCAAUGAAGCACUAAUGCAGGGGGAAGUCCAACCUUGGCCAGCCUUUGAAGACUUCCGGACUUCAACAUGGCUGACUGGAGAAUUC